AUGGUUGAAAUUUCAAUUGAAAAUCUAAGUAUUAAGCGUCCAUCAUGGGGCGAGUUCGUCGAGAACUAUAUCACAAAAGAGCUUAUGCCUCCUGUUACUUUAAAUCCUUUUCUUGGCGAUUUUUUAAUCCAUAAUACUCCUUUAUAUAAAGUUUCAAACACAAAUGUUUUGGAUGGAGUCUGGAAUGCUUUUAAUGGUAGUCUUAUUUCAUGGCUUCUCUCAAACAAAGACUCAAAAUUUAUUAUUCGUCAGGGCUUUGCAGGAUUAAAUCGUCUCCAUAGAUAUCAAACUGUUCGUACAAUUUCCAUAGCAGAUUACUUAGUUUCAAUUCUCUUUACAAAGUCAAAUCUUGGAAUUCAAUUUUUCUCUCUCGAAAACAGUAAAAAACGUGCAUUUCGUCGUUUUAAUCUAACGCUACAAAGAAAUGGCGGAAUAUAUAACGAAAAGAAACUUUUAAUAAAUACGAUUACAAAAGCUUUCAAUAUGGACGAAAAUAAAGAUGGCUUUGAAAAGGAAUCAGUUGCAUCUCAGAUACUUCAAGCUUCCACAGACUUUUAUGAUCAGCAAAAUCAAAAUUUACAAAUUCGCAAUAAAAUCUUUGAAAUUUUCGAAAAAGAUUUCAACAUUCCAGCAAGUUCGGUCAUUGAAUCAUUAGAUAAUCAGCCAACAAGAAACGAAAACGGACUUGUUACUUUUAAUGGAACUCUCACUGGAAAAAUACCGAUUUCUAUUACAGCAUUCUUACCUACGCAAAAGAGGAUGCAAACCAUUGACUUAAUUCCAUACUAUUGUUCAGAAUUUCUCUUUAAUUUACUUCCAUUCACCGGAACUUUCGCAAAUUACUCACAAGCCAUGAGAAAACGCCUCGAAUUCUCAAUGACCAAAGAAGCCAACGUAAGAAUUCAAUUAUUAACGAAAUUAGGUGUCAAAAUCCAAGGAUCUCCAGAAAAAAUCCUCGAAAACGCGGAUAAACAUGACUUCCCAUUUGAAAUUCCUGUUCCUAUACCAAAAUAUGUCAGUAAAAACAUGAUGAUCACAUCUCGUGUUCCAUCUGAGUCUCCUAACAUUAUUUCCAAGGAAUGGGUCUCCAAACUUGCUGAAGGAACUGCAAGAGCCAUGUUCGACUACAAUAUUUUGAUUCCAAACGUUUCAAAAUCAAAUAUUAUUUCCGAACAUGGAAAAGUUUCAUUAUUUAAGUUCUCUGGUGGUGUCAGACCAGAUCCAACAUACAUAAGGAAUGCUUCAAAGCUCAUUUCUUCAAAAAUUACAAAUAAUAUUUCUUUGAUUUCUGAAGCAAGCAAAGAUUUGAACAUCAAAUACCAUAAAUUAGAGUCAUUUGUACACAAACCAAGACAAAUUUCUGCGUUCUCUCUCUUUAAGAAGUAUCCACGCGAAAUUAUUUGCUCUUCCGAGUUAAUUAGCGGACUUAUCAACAAUGCACGCGAGGCCAAAUUGGAUGGUCAGAUCUUUGAACCAUUUGCCACAAGAAUUUCCAAGAUUGUUGGCGAAUCAAAUAUUCAACCUGAUAAGAUCGUUAAUUAUAUGAAUGAUAUUGUUUCUAGAAAGCUCGAAUAA